GGAUCCUGCUCUUAGUUGAUUUGCCUGCUGGGUUAUGGUGGCACACAGAAGGCCAAACGACAUGUCCGAGGUCCCAAGAUUCGGUGGGGUAAGACAGCUUCCAAACUACACUGCUCAGAAGAAUUGUUUUUCUCAGCUCUGUUGAGACCUCUGAGCUCUUUUGCUGCAAGGAAGAGGACAGGGCCGCCCUGAACCAUGUCCAACGACCCUCCGCCACCCUACCCGGGAGGCCCCUCGGCACCACUGAUAGAAGAGAAGCACGGCCCACCCGUCGCAGCAGAUGGCGUCGCCCCUGUUGUGGGACAGCCCCAGGGGGUUCCCAUCCCCCCUCCUGAAUUUGGGCCCCCCCCAUAUGAGCCACCCUCACAGCCGGGGUUCGUGCCACCCCACAUGCCCGCAGACGGCUCCGGGCCCUACGUGCCACCUGCAGGUUAUUACCCCCCGCCAGGCCCUCACCCCCCCAUGGGCUACUACCCUGCCCCGGGCCACUACCCCUCUCCCGGCGGCCACACGGCGACAGUCCUCGUCCCAUCAGGGGCUGCCACCACAGUGACGGUGCUGCAGGGAGAGAUCUUCCAGGGUGCCCCGGUGCAGACGGUGUGUCCCCACUGCCAGCAAGCCAUCACCACCAAGAUCACCUACGAGAUCGGGCUCAUGAGCUUCCUCCUUGGAUUCCUCUGCUGCUUUGUCGGGUGUGACCUCUGCUGCUGCCUGAUCCCCUGUCUGUUCGAUGACUUCAAGGAUGUGACACACACGUGUCCCAACUGCAAGGCCUAUAUCUACACGUACAAGCGCAUGUGCUAACAGCACUCCAGGAGCCCGAGCAGCUGGAAUGACACCAGCCCCUCUCCCGCUGCCGUCCUAGUCUAUGCGUGUGCAACACUCCUUCGCUUAACCCUCCGGUGGUGUGUAUGUGUGUGUCCCCGGCUCCCUCCUGCUCAGAGCUGCGACCACCUUCCCCAAGCUCCGGUCCUCGCUGUGAACGGUUGGAUUGGCAACGCUGGCGCAGGUGCACAGGGGCAGUGGGCCCGGGCCCCAGAUGCGGUGUGUGGGGCUGCCCUGCAGCAUGCAGGAGGUGGGGGGGCGGGAUCCCUCUGCACCCCCUUACGCUCCAGGGCGCUAGUGCAGCCCCUUUCGCCUGGAGCAACCCGGGGAAGAGCAGUAGCUGCUGUGGGCACCCACCUCCUCCCUCCCCCUGCCCCAGCGCAGGGGUGCCUGGCUGCAGGGACAUGCUGCCCCACCCAGGGAGCUGCUGCAGGUCAGUGGGGGCACCUGCCACCCAGGAGGGGACAGGGGACCCGAGCAGCCCGCAGCACACAAGGUGGGAAGGCAGCACGGCCCCUGUGGCCAUUUUAGGAAGGGGCUCAGUGGUAGCUCAGUGUCGAGGAGACAGAGCGGGCACUGCCACGUGUGCCAGGUUUCAGCACGGUUCACGGCCCUCUCCAGCCAGGUCAGCACGCAGCCGGUAGGUGCGAAGCCCCUUCCCAAGGGGCAGGCAGAGCCACCUGCGAGGCCUGGGGCAGGGGGGAAGCGGCAGCAGCACCGCACCCUUGAUCAGCACCUCCGUCCUGCCAGAGCACCCGCCAGCGCCCGGUGGCCACGGCUGCUCCAGCUGCAUGCGCCUCCUCCCAGCCCCUGCUGUGGCUCUUUUGGGGAAGGAAAGCCCCCGGCAGUUCCUCGCCCACCUGGCAAACUGUUAGCGAAAAAAAUGCAUCCGGCAUGUCGCUACCUGCCCCGGUGCUGUAGAUUAGAGGAGUUUGUUACCAGGCCGCAGCUGGCUCGCAGCUCUGGAGCAGACCCGUGCCCACCCGCUGCAGAGCCACGUCCUGAGCCCGGUGGGGUCUACGGGUGCACAUCCUGCAGCACCCAUCCUGCCACCACCGCAGCUGCACCCUGUAGGGUUCCUUGUUGCAUGUGGGUGUAGGGGUUUAUUUUUUAGCUCACUUGAUGGGGGGGCAGAAGGAAGGGGGCAAGCAGGAGCUGCCAGCAGCACUAUGACAGAUGAGGGCAAGAGGAUGUGGGAGCUAUUUUCAGCCUCUCCGUGGCUGCUCCUCCCUCUCCCUCCCCUGGCCCUGAGCCCCUGCAGCCAGGGCAGCUGGAGCGUGCAGCCCCCCCGAGCGAAGCAGGGGGGUCUCUCAGCACACAGGUCUGCAAACACAGCCGGGCCUGCGCAGGCAGCUGCUGUUUGCUCAGAGGUGAAACUGUGGCACUAGUCAGUGUUUUUAUGUAAAUAAACAACGGACCCUGAA